AUGAAUUUUUUAUGUGACUUUUCUGAUCUCAAGAGGUUGGAAAAGACGUCUUUGAAAGCAGCACACAGAACAAAAAAUAUUGAUGUUUUAUCUUUCAUGUUACUUGAUGCAAUAAGGGAAGAAAUUGAAGUGUUUCUCCCUUUUUCGCCUCCACAUCAGCUUACAUCAUCACACGCAAAAGCUUUGAACUUUUCAAAAAAAAUCUUCCUCGAAAGGUGCUAUGAUGCAGCAAAUGAGAUUAAAAAUGGUAAUAACAAUAAUCCAUGA